UGGUGCACCUGUAGUCCUAGCCACUAGGGAGGGUGAGGCAGGAGGCUCACUUGACCCCAGGAGGUCAUGGUUGCAAUGAGCAAUGUUAGCACUGCUGCUAUCCAGCCUGGGUGACAGAGCGAAUGUUCUCAUUUUUCAUCUUUAGACAAUACUAUACACAGUGGUAUUAUAAAAGCAGAACGUGAAGCUUUAAAUUCUGGUCUAGGCAAUACUGACAAUCAGUUUUGUGAAGUAGAUGAUGUAUUUUGAUUACUACAUAAAUUCAAAGGCUUUUCAUUUUAGCAUCGAUACUCUUAAGAAACUUUAAAAGGAAAUAUUUACUUGAUUAAAAUCUUUGUAGAUUGUAAAAGGCCUUGAAUGCUUGUGUUUAGACUUUAGUUCCAACUCAGAAGAUAUAUUGGAAAGCAUCAGAAUGAUAGCAUUCUGUUUUUAAAUUAUAUCAAGUGAUUUUUAAACAAAUUGUAUCUUUUUAAAUAAAUCGUAUCUCAAUAAGUAAUACCUCAUUGCUUUGUCAUAAUAUUUAUUCUGAUUUGAUUUUUUAAAGCUACUCAUCUUAGCCCUUGAAAAAUAAACAAGUCUCAUCAACUUUUUAAUUAGAUUACAUAUUUUGUGAACUUUUAAAAGUGUAAAUCCUGUAAUUUCCUUGCUCAAGUUCCUCUACUGCUAUUCCCCAUAAUAAAAAUCCAAACUCUUUAUCCUGGUCUGCAAGGUCCUUUUUGAUCUGGUCUCUGCCCAUCUUUCCAAUUUCAACUACCACUUAAACUUACUUAUUCCACUGUAGACACAAUGGACUUCUUGCCAUUUCUCAAUCUGUCAACCUUCUAUGUAUCUAAAGUCUUUUGCUGUUUCCUUGGAAAUGUUCUUUGUCUACGUCUUUAUGUGGCUUAUAUUUAUAUAUCACUGCUUAAAGUCACUUCCUCAGAGGAGGACUUUUCUCUGAACAUCUAUCCUCUAUUCUUGUGACCUUAUACUGCUUCAUGUUUCCUUCUAUUAUCUAUUACAUAUCACCAAUUGACAUUUAUAUAGUUGUUUUGUCUGUUGUUUCCACUACAUUGUAAACUCUGACUUCGGAAAUACUGUCUCUCUUAUUUACCACUGAAUUGCUAGUGCCCAAAAUAGUGCCUGGCACUACCCUAUGAUAUGGAUGACUGGAGUGUUUUUAUUUUGGUCAAUUUCUCACUUAUCUUUCAUUAAAAUUGUUCUAUCAUAGAGAUUAUGCAACUGCUCAGAAACUCAAAUUACUUCUAGUUCACUCAGAAACUUUAAAGGUUGUAUAGAAGAGAAAAAAAUAGUAAAGGUCAGGAAUAGGGAUAUCAGGAGUAUGUGGAGUCAGAAAAACGAGUAUUUCCAUAAAGGAGUGAUGAAUAUUGUUAUGUUGCAAUGAGGUUGAAAUAAGAACUGAGAGCUGUCCAUUAAGUUUAGCAACAUGGAGGCCAUUGAACUUUAGUGGGCUACAUUGGUGUGUUGAGUGUGGCAACCAGACAGAUGGUUGAAAAUCAGUGGGAGGCAAAGAAUUAAAGACUGAUAAUGUAGAUAAUUCUAAAGUAAGCUCUAAAAGGGAAGAGAGAACUGAUAAUAGUGAGGAAAAAAGUUUCCUCCAGUCCUUUUCUUUUUUAAGAUGGGAGAGCUUUAAGUAUUUGAAUACUAAUGGAAAGGAUUCAGUGGAAGUUUAAGAAACAAAGAGACAAUGGAAUACUGUGUAAUGUAAGAUUCCUAAGUAGGCUGUAGGGAGUUUGAAUCCAUAGCUAACUUGAGGGAAAGUGGAAAAGGUAUUAGAGAUGCAGGAUCGUCAGUUGGGGGGUGUUCAAUCACAUCAGUCACUGUGAGAAGGUGCCUAGCAACUUGUUACAAGUGCUAUUAGCGUAGUUCGAAACCAUCAUCAGACACGUGAGGAAACUGGACCCUCACGGUCGGCAGACUCGCCAAUAUCACAGCGAUAGUUAAAUGCCGAAUUCUGGAGCAGAAUCCAGUUUCCCUAAGAUAGAUUUCCAGGUAAACGCUUACCGUCGCCACAGGCUCCGAGACAAGGCGACCCGGUUGCCGGGUGAGUGUCCAGACAUGCCAGCGGAGCGGCCCGCGAGCAGCGGCGGGCCCCCAGCCUCAGAAAUGGUUGAACAACCGGAGGCUGCCGUGAUUACCCCAGCCAUGCUAGAAGAGGAAGAACAGCUUGAGGCCGCUGGACUUGAGAGAGAGCGGAAGAUGCUAGAAAAGGCUCGCAUGACUUGGGAUAGAGAGUCCACAGAAAUUCGGUACCGUAGACUUCAACAUUUGCUUGAAAAAAGCAAUAUCUACUCCAAAUUUUUAUUGACUAAAAUGGAACAGCAACAAUUAGAGGAACAGAAGAAGAAAGAGAAGUUGGAGAGAAAAAAGGAAUCUUUAAAAGUUACAAAGGCUAAAAAUUCAAUUGAUGCAAGUGGAGAGAAUCCAGUGAUAAGAAAGAAAAGAGGAAGAGAAGAUGAAUCAUAUAAUAUUUCAGAGGUCAUGUCAAAAGAGGAAAUUUUGUCUGUGGCUAAAAAAAAUAAAGAGAGUGAGAAUGAAAACUCCUCCUCUACUAAUCUCUGUGUAGAAAAUCUGCAGAAAAACAACGAUUCAAAUAGUAUAAUUAAAGAUAGAUUAUCUCAAACUGUUAGACAGAAUACUAAAUUCUUUUUUGAUCCAGUUCGGAAAUGUAAUGGACAGCCAGUACCGUUUCAACAACCAAAGCACUUUACAGGAGGAGUGAUGCGAUGGUACCAAGUAGAAGGCAUGGAAUGGCUUAGGAUGCUUUGGGAAAAUGGAAUUAAUGGCAUUUUAGCAGAUGAAAUGGGAUUGGGAAAGACAGUUCAGUGCAUUGCUACAAUUGCAUUGAUGAUUCAGAGAGGAGUACCUGGACCUUUUCUUGUCUGUGGCCCUCUGUCUACACUUCCUAACUGGAUGGCUGAGUUCAAAAGAUUUACACCAGAAAUUCCUACUAUGUUAUAUCACGGAACCCAGCAAGAACGUCGAAAAUUAGUAAGGAAUAUUCACAGACGGAAAGGGACGCUGCAGAUUCAUCCUGUGGUAAUUACGUCAUUUGAAAUAGCCAUGAGAGACCGAAAUGCAUUACAGCAUUGCUAUUGGAAAUACUUAAUAGUAGAUGAAGGACACAGGAUUAAGAAUAUAAGUGCGUUUAAUCAGGAAUUUAAACGAUUCAAACUGCUGAUAACAAACUCUCUUGUGACUGGUACUCCUCUACAAAACAAUUUAUCAGAACUUUGGUCAUUGCUAAAUUUUUUGUUGCCGGAUGUAUUUGAUGACUUGAAAAGCUUUGAGUCUUGGUUUGACAUCACUAGUCUUUCUGAAACUGCUGAAGAUAUUAUUGCUAAAGAAAGAGAACAGAACAUUCUACACCAUCAAAUUCUAACACCUUUUUUACUGAGAAGACUGAAAUCUGAUGUUGCUCUUGAAGUUCCUCCUAAACGUGAAGUAGUUGUUUAUGCACCACUUUCAAAGAAACAAGAGAUCUUUUAUACAGCCAUUGUGAAUCGUACAAUUGCAAGCAUGUUUGGAUCCAGUGAGAAAGAAACAGUUGAAGUAAGUCCUACUGGACGACCAAAACGACGAACUAGAAAAUCAAUAAAUUACAGUAAAAUAGAUGAUUUCCCUAAUGAAUUGGAAAAAUUGAUCAGUCAAAUACAGCCAGAGGUGGACCGAGAAAGAACUGUUGUGGAAGUGAAUAUCCCUGUAGAAUCUGAAGUUAAUCUGAAGCUGCAGAAUAUAAUGAUGUUACUUCGUAAAUGUUGUAAUCAUCCAUAUUUGAUUGAGUAUCCUAUAGACCCUGUUACACAAGAGUUUAAGGUCGAUGAAGAAUUGGUAACAAAUUCAGGAAAAUUCUUAAUUUUGGAUCGAAUGCUGCCAGAACUAAAGAAAAGAGGUCACAAGGUGCUGCUUUUUUCACAAAUGACAAGGAUGUUGGACAUUUUAAUGGAUUACUGCCAUCACAGAAAUUUCAACUUUAGCAGGCUUGAUGGAUCCAUGUCUUACUCAGAGAGAGAAGAAAAUAUGCACAACUUCAACACAGAUCCAGAUGUGUUUAUCUUUUUAGUGAGUACACGAGCUGGUGGCCUGGGUAUUAAUUUGACUGCAGCUGAUACAGUUAUCAUUUAUGAUAGUGAUUGGAAUCCCCAGUCUGAUCUUCAGGCCCAGGAUAGAUGUCAUAGAAUUGGUCAGACAAAGCCAGUUGUUGUAUAUCGCCUUGUCACAGCAAAUACUAUCGAUCAGAAAAUUGUGGAAAGAGCAGCUGCUAAAAGAAAACUGGAAAAGUUGAUCAUCCAUAAAAAUCAUUUCAAAGGUGGUCAGUCUGGAUUAAAUCAGUCUAAGAAUUUCUUAGAUCCUAAGGAAUUAAUGGAAUUGUUAAAAUCUAGAGAUUAUGAAAGGGAAGUAAAAGGAUCAAGAGAGAAGGUCAUUAGUGAUAAAGAUCUGGAAUUGUUGUUAGAUCGAAGUGAUCUCAUUGAUCAAAUGAAUGCCUCAGGACCAAUUAAAGAGAAGAUGGGGAUAUUCAAGAUACUAGAAAAUUCUGAAGAUUCCAGUCCUGAAUGUUUGUUUUAAAUUGGAGCUAAAAAUGGCUUUUAGAAGUUCUUGUUUACAUCUAAUAAUUUGCUGAUACUGGUUUUGAAAUCCACACUGUCUAUUUUACUUUUUUUGAUUAUAUCAGUUUAUAUAAUGUAACUAGUACCAUUGCAUACUUAAUAGAGGAUAAUUUUCUGAGCCUUAUUAAGAACAAAGAAGUAUCCAUAUUAAGAUUGGAUUUUUAGUUAAUUUUUGAGACUGGGUAGUACUCUUGGGUACAGGCUGAUAUGUACUUAACCACUUCCAGAUUUAUACAGUCUUCCUGUGGAAGUUUAGUAAAUGUUUUUCUUCCUUUCUUUUAGUAAAAUGGUUCAUGGGUUUUUGGUACUUCAAUUAUGGAGUAGGCUUUUGAUGGGAGGAGAUGGGGAUUAUGCUUUUUGUUGUUUAAGCAAGAAAUUGUUUGAUUUUAGAGUCUAUUUCUAUAAGAUAGUUUACCAAAUAAAUGUUUAUUAUGAAA